CGACUUUCAGAUUAGUUGUCUGAGAAAGUUUGUGGAGUUCUCAUCUGCUUGGCUUUAACUCUCUGAUCUCCUGCAAGCCUGGUGGCUUCUGUGCCAGGAUGAGUGUGGCUUUUGAAAAUCUACAGUCACUGGAAGACAAGCAGCUUGGGAUGGUUUCGGAGAUGACUAUGGAGGACCUGAGACCUCUGCCUGAUAUGGGAUAUCCCAUGACUGAGGCUUGUAUCAAGAAGGAGGAUGAUGAUCUGGGUAAAUUUGUGGACUUGGACUUUAUUUUGGCUCAUACCACCAGCUCUCAGAAUGGGGGUGCUUCAACCCAGGGCACCGCUUAUCCUCUGCCUGAGACUCCUGAGAGUUGUAGUACCACUUACGACAGCGAUGGAUCCUACACUGCCAACCAUAAAUACGGAGGGGGGAACUUUGCUGGAAGCCCCCACCACAGCUAUGUGGCAGAGCUGCUCACACCUGAUGUUCCUUGUCUGGAUAUGUCUCCUGAAUAUGGACUUAAAACUGCCAUGCACAACAGAAAGUACACUGAGCUUAGAGUAUCUAGCAUGGAUGCCCCAGUUCACCUUUCAGUGGAUCACCUGCAACACCUAGGACACAAGAUCAAGAAGGAGCACCCUGAGCAGUCCUGCAUGCUAAGCACACCAUCUCCCACUUCUCCAAACUGCAUGACUCCCGUGUUGGACCAGAAGAUGGGUAUGGUGCAUGUGCAAAUGCAAGGACAUGCCUUCCCUCAGCAUAGGUUGAGCCCUCCAGUACCCACUGAGGACAUGCCACUCAAUGACUGCCAUAUGAUGACUGACAUGCACUGCCUCUCAAUCAUGCCUAUGGGCCAACACUACCAGAUUGCAUCCCCAUACCCACCUCACUUUCCCAACCAGCCCCAUGCACAGUUUCAUGGACAGUUUGGGGUGUACAGAGACCCCAUGAAGGUUCACCAAGCAAUGCAUGGGAUGAUUGUCACACCACCCUCUUCCCCUUUGUUAGAGUACUACCCUCCCAUGAAUCCGUCAGAAGACUGCAAACCAAAAAGGGGUCGUAGGUCUUGGGCCAGGAAGAGAACAGCCACUCACAACUGCGAGUACCCUGGAUGUGGCAAGACCUACACAAAAAGCUCACACCUCAAAGCUCACAUGCGCACCCAUACAGGUGAAAAGCCAUACCACUGUAACUGGGAAGGCUGCGGAUGGAAAUUCGCAAGGUCUGAUGAACUCACUCGUCACUUUCGCAAACACACUGGCCAUAGGCCUUUCCAGUGCCACCUGUGUGAGCGGGCGUUCUCCAGGUCUGAUCAUCUGGCCCUUCACAUGAAGAGACACAUGUAAAAGAAAUGGCAACAAGAGACAUGAAGGACAACUGUACAUAUCUACACACACUAA